AUGAGCAGCGCGGGCAGCAACGUGGCAAGCAGCGAGGCAAGCACGUAUGGCAGCAGCAUCGCGGACAGCGUGCCAAGUAGUAUGGCAAGUAGCAUGGCAAGUACCGUGGACAGCAGUGUGGACAAGAACAUGGCGAGCAGCAUUGACAGCAGCGUGGUAAAUGGUGGUCAUGAAGCAACGAGACAUCAAUCGACACUGAGUCAAAUCCGACCCAGUGCAGAUGAGGCGCUGAGCAGUGAGCAAGCAAGCAAUAAUGGAAGUAGCGAGACGAACGACGUGGCAAGCAGCGUGACAAGCAACACUGAAAGCAGUGAGGCAAGCAGCAUUGGUAGCAGCGUAGGCAGCAGCGAGGCGAGCAACGAAGCAAGCAGCGUGGUAAGCAGAUACGGCAGCAUCGUGGCAGGCAGCGUGUCAAGUACCAUGGCAAGCAGUAUGGGAAGUACCGUGGACAGCACCGUGGAUAACAACAUGGCGAGCAGCAUUGACAGCAGCGUGGGCAUCAAUCGACACUGA